AUGGCUACCGCUGUCGCUUCAUGGAUUCCCUCCAUUCCGUACCCACCUUCACAAGAUGGACGCUGGUCACCAGUCACGUCGACCCUCAACUGGUGCGAGGAGGACUAUUACAUGACUGUGUACUCGGCAGAAAUUGUCAAUACACUGACGAACCUUCUCUUCAUGUACCUUGCUGGGAAAGGUAUACACAACUGCUUGACGAACGGCCAUGACACGGUCUUCACGGUUGCUUUCAUUGGCUAUCUUAUCGUUGGAACAGGCAGCUUCCUUUUUCAUGCAACCCUCAAAUACCCCAUGCAGCUUGUUGACGAACUAUCUAUGAUAUACACGACCUGUCUUAUGUUCUACGCCACUUUCUCCUACGGGAAGUCGAAGCUUUACUCAAUAACCCUCGGGGUUGCGCUUGUCGUGAUGGCUCUGUCUAUUACGCUUUACUAUCACUACCUCCAAGACCCAACCUUCCAUCAAACCGCCUACGCUGUCCUCACUGCUAUUGUGUUGUUCCGCGCAAUAUAUGUAAUGGAGGUCAAUAUCCGACCUGCCUUUCGGACAAAGGAGCGUGAAGAUGCCAACCCGCGUUCUGGUGUGCUAGGAGAAGCUGCGCAGAAUCGAGAGGAUGCGAGGGACCGUGAGAUACUACGGCAAAUGUGGGUCUUGAUCGCAUGGGGCCUAAGCAUCUUUCUGGGAGGGUUUGCAUUCUGGCAAUUGGACAACGCAUUCUGCUUCACACUCAGGAGUUGGAGGAGGCAAUUGGGAAUGCCAUGGGGAUUCUUGUUGGAGGGACAUGGCUGGUGGCAUCUCAUGACGGGGAUUGGAGCCUACUUUUACAUAGUGUGGGGUAUUUGGCUCCGACACUGUCUGAACUACAAGCAGGAUGACUAUGAAUUGGUCUGGCCACGCAUCACCGUGAUGCCUUUGGUGGUCAAGAAAGCGAAAACGCAGGCAAAUGGGGGUCGUUCCAAUGACAAGAUGAAAGCAAAGAAAACUUCCUGAGGGAUAUUGCCCGUUACUUUUAGCGCCCGAGCAUCCGAAAUGGAAGUUUGGCUCAAGGGUCAUGUAGUGCUUAUUGCCGUUCUUUGCAAUAUGAAUGCCUGACAUUCUUUGUAUCAGUAGCAUAGACAAAAUCGAACACCCCUCUUAAGAGAAAAACAUAUUGGUUGAUGUGCUGCAAACCUGAAGAGAGAAUUUGUUGUUAGCUUUGGUGGCGGUGGAAUAGUAUGUUUCCAUUGUC